AUGCCCGCCAUGAAAGAUGACCCCGGCGCAGCCUUUGCGGCCCUGAAGCAGCCCGCGGUCGACGCCCUCGCGCGCAUCCUUUACAUGAAGCACGCCACCACCAGAUCCAAGACGCUCGCCUCCUGCGACACCUGGCUCAAGCUCCAGCGCUUCCACAUUGCCGCACUGCACGAGGCGUCGAUCCGGCGGCAGGGCACCCUUUCCCUCAUGGCCGACGUCUUCAUCCGCGGCGCCUUUUCCAGGCCGCACGAGGUGCUGCAGGCGCAGGGCACGGCCGCGCUCUGCCGCAGCCACCGCGCGCUCAACCCGCACGUGCUGUCGGCGCUCAUGGCGCUCGUCACCGAGGAGGCGACUGUCCGCGCCGACCGCGUCCGGGCGCGCCUCCAGGAGCAGAAGGAGACGAAGCAGCCGCAGCAGCGGGAAGACGUCGGCGAGGAGGCCGCCGAGCGCUGGCUGCGCAGCAUGUCGAGCAUCACGGUGCUGUGGAUGGGCAAGACCCGCUGGGAGGACGAGAUGCAGCGGGCGCUGGACGUCUCGGUGCCGCAGUGCGCGCGGCACCACGACUGCGCGGCGUGCAAGCUGGCCGUCGUCGGCGGCUCGAAGCAGUUUCUCAUGGAUCUGCGGACGUCGCUGCUCGCGCGGCGGCACUUGCACUUGCACGAUGUCGAGGGGAAGCGGACUGCCGCGGCGGCGGCGCCGCAGCCGCCGCUGCUGCGCAUGGCCGAGGCCUGGAUCGACCGCUGCUACGACGCGCGCAGGCAGCGCCAUAUCCGGGACGAGAGCGACCUGAUGGUGGGCAUAGUGGCUAAGUUGUUGGGGGCGCAGAUGAGCGCCGGCGGGGCCGCGGAGAGCCGCCGUGAGGAGGGGAGAGGACAUAUGCGCCGGGGCUGGCGGAUGCCGAUGAUGGAGUUGAAGGAGGGAGCGUACGUGCUCGGCGGCGCGAGCGGCAGGCAGGAGAAUGAUGUUGAUAAUGAUGAUGAGUAUGCGGAGGAGGACGGGUGGAUUGCUGGUCGCUGGCGACCGAGACGAAGGACGGGCCCGAGGGAAGGGUACUCGCAGUACUUGCCGAAUAGCCUCAUCAUUCGGCGCGUUGAUAGUAUCGAGACCGCGAGGGCCACUAUCGACUCUAGUCGCGCAGCCGAGAAUGCCCCUUCUGCCUCUGCUUAUCGUCCGCCUGUCUGCGUUAGCGAAAACUCCAACGAUGAGGAUGCUCACGGCCGCCUCGACGACCAAAGCGACGUCAGGCCGCCCCGGCCGACGACCGACGACCACUGUCCCCCGGCGCCGCCGUGCAGGCCGUUGCAGCCGAUGCCGCCUUCUCACCGCCGUCGCAGCACUCGCCUCGGUGUCGACGUCGCGGCCGAGGCCGGGGCAUCCCUCAACGUUCCAGACUCCGCCGGCGCCAGAAGCAGCAGCACGACCCUCCACUCGCCGUCGUCGCUCUUUACACAGAAUAAGUCGUCGGAGUUUGAGCAAAAAUCCGACGACUUGAUGAUACUGUGUGAGGGUGCACUGUAUUGA